CAUAAAAGUAGCUAUUUCUUUGGUUAGUGUUUUGUUUGUCCGAAAAGGAAAUGAUUCAGCCAUGACUCUCUGGUAAUAAUUGUCGAUUUUCCAAGUUAUUUCAUAGCUACAAAAAAAUACAAGUUUCGACCUUGAGUAUUUUUGUUUUCUCAUAUUACAGUAUUAAUUAACUACUUGAGCAACGUAUUAGUCGGUGCAUUUCAAAGAAACUUGAAAUUGGUUGUAUAACCUGGAUUUUCCUUUCAUUUUUCAAAACAGGCAAGUACAUCUAGCUUGGUGGAUUUCUUCUCUAUGCUUCCUGAUGGGAAAUUGAUUUCAAAGAUCCAGAUUUGUAUACCUCAUAACUAAUCAACAAUAUUUUAAUCCUGAACAGGUACGAAUAUCCAACUAUGGUUUGUGCAUGGAAGUGGUUCCUGGUGAUGUUUUUGAUUCUUUCACUGCAAAUCUCGUUGAGUUUUAGUUGGCGGAGGAGAAGAACGAGUCUUCCGGCGGUGAGUAACAAAGAUGAAUCACGUUUACCUUAAUUUUUGUAAUAAAUUGAAACCAACCACGAAAGUAUUGUCAGAUUAUCUUUAAAAACCACUUAAGACAAAAUUUAAAAUUUUAACGUAGGAGAUCAAGCGUGAGAGACACCUCCAGGGCCGUUUUCCCAGGUCACUGAUUUAAUAAGCAGAUCUCCCUGUUGUUGCUGUUUAUUAUUAGCUCUGCAUGGCGUACUGUUCUUCGUUUCCACCCAAAUUUCUCUGGAAGUGUGUUUCACUUGUUUGAUGUUUCACAGUUGAUUGCUUUUCAUCCGAUUUUGAAUCAAACGUAGCUGUGCUAAACAUACGCAAAGCGCACUACAACAUAUCGUGUUUCACAACACAGUGUAAAUGAUCAUAUCAUAAGAUAUUUUUUAAACUACUUUCAUUUAUCGACCGGCUGUAUAUCAUAAGCUGGUUGUAGCCUCUUAAAUAGGAGGGGAAAAAAUGGGAUACGAAUUGGAUUGCUUUUCUCGAUGGAGUCUAACAAAUUUUUCUAAUUGGGAGAAGAAACAACCAUAUUAUCACGUUUUUUCAUGAUUAAACUAAAUUGGAAGAAGGCGAGAAAAGUGACACUUCUUCUGACUGGAAUUUGGUCUAAAAUUCCAGAAAACAAUGAUGACGCUUGCCGUUAUAUCAUAACAUGCAAAAACGAUGAAAAAUGCAGCUAAGAACCAGACUGUGGUUCUUUUUUAAAAAAGAGAGUUUGUGUCCUUUUUGAAUUAAGAUUCGAAAACAAGCUAAGAACUGUCUGUCUUCACUUCUUUUUAAGCCUGAAAAAGGAACAACAUUGGAUGUAUAAGAUUUUAUUCGUACCGUCAUCUUUAAGGAAAUGUUUGGUUAAACUUCUUUGUUGAUGAGUGAUGAUUCUGCGUCAUAAAGAAACGUCAAAAAGAUAUACUCGGUUAAAAGGGUCUGCGUAGAGAACAUGAGAUCGAGGCCUACAGAGGCUUGCGUGGGUGGUGUAUUGGGCGAGGGGAGGCGAGGAGGUUGGGGAGGAGGAACAUAUUCUAGGUGAUCUCUCCAAGAUCCAAAAGUAAUUUUGUAUUAUUUUGUUCCAUGAGAUUGAAAGAGUUUAAUUUCACUUUGAGAAUGUUAUGGGUUUUUCAAUGAAUCAAUCUGACAGAGUGUGUCGAUAGGGUGAUGGCUUUUACUGCUCACGGUCAGAAUUUCGACCAUUUUACGGCUAGCGGUUCAUUUCUUUCCGUUGCGAUUAGAAGAAAAAUUUUCACAGCUAACUUUUUUUUCAAAACUAACGAUUAAAAUUUGUCAAUGUUUACAGCUAACGACUAAUUUUUUUUGCCACUUUUCGGCUGAAGGUCAAUCCCAUCCAGACCCUCCUGACACCGUUGUUCUGCUGUUAAAUUUUAGUGUCGCUGCCACAAGAAGUAUCAGCCCAGAUGUAAAUUGAUAUUUAAAAGUAACAGUGGUAAGAAAUACUCAGUGGACGACAAAAAGUGUUCAAGUCUGUGUCGACACUGCCCUUAUAGUAUCAGGUGCAAACACGACAAUACACGCGGAGCCUGGGAAACAUGGACAUGUCAGAAAUAGCGCUUUAGUAUUAGACUUGUACCCUCAGGGGGUGGGAAAGGAAUUUUUUUUCUACUUCAGACUGCUUUAUAGUUAGAUUUAUUAACUUUAAACUUCUAUCGGGUGGUAGUGUAAAUCUACUAAUCGUUCAAAACUUAUCAACAAGACACAGGCUCAAGUUAUGUUUUUGCAGAAUAAUGUCUACUUAUUUAACUCAUUAUCUAUCAAUGAGUAAAUAGCGAGUAGCGCAGCCAAUCAGAAAGCAACAUUUUUGAUAGUAGAAAUAGAUUUAUGCUAUACGGGAAUAUACUCCUCACAAAAGUGAAAACUCCUUUUCCUAACGAUUUUAGGCAAAGAAAAGGGCAAGAAAAACUAUCAUUAACUAUUUGUAAUGUGGUAUCUGUAGC